AGACUCAAUAUUAGCGUUUCUUGCAACACAUCAAAGCCUCUCAACUAGUCAAGGACGUAAAGAGGCCGAUGUUAGUAAGAUUAGCUGAGCUCACCUGUCAAGUAAACACGCCAGCCGAGUCCGACGGUCAAAGUUGAUGUCACUUCAGUGAAGAAUGAGGUGCUCAUGGUGCAGGAGGCCAAGGAGAAUUGCUACAAACAGUGGUACCUUCCAGCUGGCCGUAUGGAAGAGGGAGAGAGCAUUGUGGAGGCCAUGAGAAGGGAAGUGAAGGAAGAGGCUGGAUUCGACUGCAAACCCAUCACCCUGGUUCUGGUCCAAGAACAGGGGCCGCAGUGGAUCCGAUUCGUUUUCUUGGCGGAGAUUACAGGAGGCUCCCUGAAGACGAUGGCAGAGGCUGAUGCAGAGUCUCUCCAGGCUCAGUGGUGGGACCAAGACUCCCCACUCACCUUGAGGGGUCGUGACAUCCUCAGACUCAUCGAUACCGCCCUGAAAUACAGAAAGAAGCCCUGGCAUCCUGUGGCUCACCCUAUAGACAUGUGCUGCCAUGUUGUUGUACAGCGACUUCUCCUCACUUUCAGCAGCUCUGAUGGGGUGCUUUGGCUCCUUUUGGGCAACAUUAAGGACCUGCACCUCCCUGUGGCCGUGUCUGUGAAAACCCACACAGUCACAUGGGCGGCCAACACAUUGGUACAAGAGGCCAUGCCCUCCUCCUACUACGACCUCAACGUUAACACAAGGGGAAUCCUGGGACUACAGCACAAUGGAAGGGUCCCUGGGAAGACAGAUGGACUCUGCUUCAACACAGUGGUGUCUUUGGAACACACUGGGGAGGGGCCACACACCAGUCAACCACCACUGAUCGAGAGCCCUCGCUUUCAGUGGUACAAAGUGGAGAAUCCUCAGCUAAGAGACAAGAUUCAACAGAGAAUAACUACUGGGUCCUUCCUUCCAGUGCAUAGUCUCUACUAAGGGAGGUGGUGAAAUGACAUUCCAAAAACAAUACACUUUUUACUUGAUGAUUUUGGGAAUACGUGGGGCAAGUACCUGUCUAUGAGCGGCCAAAAGACAUAUGUACCUUUGAGAGCAGACAUUACAACGUUUAUCAAUUUGUACAUUUGUCAUUUAGCAAACACUCUAAUCCAGAGCGACUGACAUAAGUGAGUACAUUUUGACUUUUUCGUACUGGUCCCCCAUGGGAAUCAACCCACAACCCUGGCGUUGCAACAGCCACACAGGACCACCAUUCCGAAAACUGCUGGAAAAGAUUGCAAAAAAACUUUUCAGAAAUGUGAAAAAUGGACUGCAAUACAGAAUAGGGUCUAUAACCUUUUGAUCAAACGUUCAAUCAAGUCUGCUAUUAUUCAAAAACUACAUUCAGCUACCAAUCAUGAUCUAGCUUCAUAUGAUCCAUUUUAGAUAAGCCGCAUGAAAUCUAAUACAAAUGCAGAAAAAUCUAAUUACUGUUAUGACAGGUUGACUCAGCAAUAUGACAUUGUGGCUUCUGACAGAGUAUGAAGCAAAAAUAAUCUCUUCAGCUAUCACAUUGUAGGAGAGGGACGCAAACUUCAAUGCAGAUACACUCAGCAUUAUAUUUGGUUGCACUGCUGCUCAUGUCGCUGAGUCUAUUUAAAAUUCAAGCUAAAUACUUUGAGGCUCAUCUCAAUUGUUAAGUUGCAUGAUCAUACUUUACAAAGGAUUGUACAGAGACUGAUUGUUUAAAACAAAGUGUUGUGACCCUGGUCCACAUAAGACACCAGACAUCACCUCAAACGUGAGAAAAGGCAAGCACAGGUUAGUGAAUCUUGUUCUGGAAGCAACUGCAGAGUGGUUGCUAGCUGGCACAGCCAAAGUACAAAUCUUUUAAACCUAACCUUGUAAAUAAAUUAAUACCAAAAAGCAAAUGUUUUAAUAGACUUUGUACCUGGCCCAUCUAGCGGAAACCGCUCAGUUCUGCCUCCAGGAUGGACUCAUCGCCAUGCAAACAAAGUAUCAAUAGUUAAACUGGAUGACGCACAGUUUUAGGUUGUUCCAACCAGUCUCACAGACCAGAUGAUCAUGUAUCAAGCUUCAUUAAAAGUGCUGACCCAGGAUCAGUUUAGUCCAUAAUGAACAUGAUCCUACAUAAGCACUAUGAAUACUGGCUCAAUCCUCAUUCUAAUUCAUGUUUUAGUAUCUCAGGAACCAGGUAUAGCCUACAGCAAUCUUCUAUACGCAACUGUUACAAAGACAAGAUGGAACACAACCUUUUACAUUGAUUUGACCGACUGCAUACAUUACUUCCAGGUGUGAUAAUUUGCUUAAGAUAGUCAUUAUGUAACAUAAGCAAAACAUUUCAGCAUUUACAAUAAACUUAAAAAUUUAGAUGAAUCUUACACAUUUGCUAUUCUCCUAAGUACCAAUGCUUCAUCUUUGGAGAACAAUUAGUGUCCUUGUACCUCCGGUUAUCUAUGGCUUUGUUUACUCGUGCAACCAACAGAAGUAAGCAGCUGUGACUGGUGUCGUCCGUCUGACUGAGUGUUCCGUUCAAGGAUUCACAAGGUGUCAGUGUUCUGCAAGUUUGUGUUGUUGGCAGGAAGUUUGACAAAGGCAAUGGCUGCCAGCUCCUUACAAAACUCCUCCAGGAUGAUCACUCCCUUAAGCAGGGGCAUGUGGUCCACUCUGGGGAGGCAAGAUCCACACAAAAUCAUUGUCAUUUCCUCAGUCUGCUUCUCAGGAGGGUGGUUUUUGUUAUUAGGAAGAACAUGUAUUGGUGUAGUGGCCAGUCAACGCACAUGAAUGGCAUUUACACCUUUUUUAUAUUGCAAUUGUUUUACGCACAUAUUGCAUUGAAAAUAUAACUUCAUUCAGCGUGCAUGGUGAUCAGGUUAACCACUACAUCACAUUCAGGACGCACACACUUACCAAAUAAUUAAUUUCAACUAAUAUAUACAGUGUGUAGUCAGACCCCUUUUCCACAUUGUUACAUUAGCCUUAUUCUAAAAUUGAAUUUUUUUUUUAAGCGAAGAAAAAGGUCCUCAAUCUACACACAAUACCCCAUAAUGACGAAGCGAAAACAGGUUUAGACAUUUGUAAAUGUAGUAAAAAAAACGUAUUCAGACCCUUUUAUGAGACUCAAUUGAGCUCAGGUGCUCCGAGACAGGAUUAUGUUGAGGUACAGAUCUGGGGAAGGGUACCAGAAACAAAUUGUCUGCAACAUUGAAGGUCCCCAAGAACACAGCAGCCUCUAUUCUUAAAUGGAAGAAGUUUGGAACCACCAAGACUCUGGCCAGCCCAGCCUAACUGAGCAAUUGGGAGAAGGGCCUUGGUCAGGGAGGUGACCAAGAACUCGAUGGUAACUCUGACAGAGGACAGAGUUCCUCUGUAGAGAUGGGAGAACCUUCCAGAAGGACAAGCAUCUCUAUGGUAGAGGCGCCAGACAGAAGCCACGCUUCAGUAAAAAGGCACAUGACAGCCUUUAGAGUUCGCCAAAAGACACUUAAAGGACUGACGAUGAGAAACAAGAUUCUCUGGCCUGAAUGCCAAUCGUCACGUUUGGAAGAAACCAGGUACUGCUUAUCACCUGGCCAAUACCAUCCCUACGGUGAAGUAUGAUGGUGGCAGCAUCAUGCUGUGUGGAUGUAUUUCAGCAGCAGGGACUAGGAGACUAGUCAGGAUAGAGGGAAAGAUGAACGGAGCAAAGUACAGAGAUCCUUGAUGAAAACCUGCUCCAGUGUUCUCAGGACCUCAGAAGAGGGCGAACGUUCACCUUCAAACAGGACAACGACCCUAAGCACAGAGAAAAGACAAUGCAGGAGUAGCUUCGAGACAAGUCUCUGAAUGUCCUUGGGUGGCACAGCCAAAGUCCAGACUUGAACCCGAUUGAACAUCUCUGGACAGACCUGAAAAUAGCUGUGUAGCAACACUCCCCAUCCAACCUUCCAGAGCUUGAGGAUCUACUUUGAAAAAUGGGAGAAACUCCCCAAAUACAGGUGUGCCAAGCUUGUAGUGUCAUACCCAAGAAGACUCGAGGCUGUAAUCGCUGCUUCAACAAAUUACAGAGUAAAGGGUCUGAAUACUUAUGUAAAAUAUAAUCCGUUUUUAUAAAUGAGCAAAAAAGGUAUAAAAAACAGUUUUUGCUUUGUCAUUCAUUAUGGGUAGUGUGGGUAGGAGGCAAAAACAAAACAUUUAAAUUCAUUUUAGAAUAAUGCAGUAAUGUAACAAAAUAUGGAAAAAGUUAAGGGGUCUGAAUACUUAAAUGCACUUUGUUUGUCUAUGGCACUUACCCAGACUCCCCAUCCAAGCCCAUCAGCUGCCUUCGGACAUGCACAAGCUUCUCUGUGAAGUUUGGGAUCACCUCGAUCCUCUGCAUCAGUUCUCCUAUCACCUGUCAAACCAGGAAAAACAUAAUUAGGAAUGUAUUUGUGAAAACUAUAGCUCGGUAAAACCUCAGACAAGGAAGGAGGUGAGUGUAGUGGUCACCCACCCUGAUGAGCACAGAGAACAGGGAGCGGGCUCCAGGAGCCAGGAUGAUGUAGGGGUCCAGCAGGUACUCAUGGAGGUGGGGGUGAGGGAACACGGCCAGCCUGGACAACACAGAGGUCACCUGGAGGUUAAGCUCAUAGGGCUGAGAGAGAGAGAGAGACACAUGUCACAAGCGAGGGGAUGUUUGUGACUAAACACAGCACUCAUGGUGGUCACUAAUGUAUUAUGAUGACUAUGCACAAAUUGUACCAUAUACAAAACACAGUUGUACUGAAAGUGUGCCAUCUUGAGAGCUUGAUUGCAGACAUGCAAAACAUUUUGGGAUAGUAUCAACAGGGGACCAAUGAACAAAAUACAAAAAUAAAUCCCUUGAAGGCUACCUGCUCAAGGAUCCGGCCUAUUCUGUCAAACAGGACUUUGAGGAAGUGGCCUUCGAAAAAGUCAGAACUGGAUACAGACAACUCGGUUGGUUUGAGGGACUCCGGCCAAUCCCAAUCGAGCAAGAAUGCAGUGCACUCUUUAAACUAGAUGUAAAAAAAUAAAACAAAAUCUGAUGUUUUGCGUCAGAUCCGAGACCUCAAUUUAUGCAAUUAUGCUACUCUUGGCAAUGACUUUCACUACUUGAAGUUCUCCGCUCACCUGCUCAUGAGCAUCAUGGACAUAAGUUUCAUAUCGGGCACCUUGGACAUGUUGAGAGGUUUUUGCUUCUUGAGGGACCAAACACAGAAAACUGCAAAACAAAACGACAGUGUAAAGUUUAAAAACUAAAGCGAGUUAUAGCUGCUAAAAUACAAAAAGUAGUUCCUUCAUGAGAGAUGUCUGAUCAGUUUUCUUUAUGACCCGAAUGAGGGGAUGAAUGUUGUGCCUAGACUCAAUUAACCACCAGUAAUAAAAUUAACUGCAUAGAGAAA